GCUUAACCGACAUCCAUGCAAUGAGCCGAACGCUUACCUGUUCUAGAUGUAUUUCUUUGAAUUUCGUACUAAUCUUACGAUCACAAGCUAAAUAAAGUGAGAUUGUUGCUUAAAUUUAUUUAUUCUUGCAAGACAUGUGUAGUAACCGAAUAAGUUUUACUAACAAAUUUUUUUAUAGUUUUUUUCUGUAGUAUUGUAUUGUUUGAUUUUGAUUUUGACAGUAUCAGAAUUUAGAAUUCCUUCUAGGAAACUAUCAAGAGAAGGUAACCAUUACUUUGAUUCAUGAUUCGUUCGUAUUCUAUUCAAGGUUUUCUCAAACACUAACAUAGUCGUCGACCCAAUGCGGGGCAAGUCGUUCCUGUGAAUAUUGAAAUCACUUCCGGUUAGAGCUGUGGCACGAAGCUGUGUAAACAAAGUAGCGUGUGCAUUAUAAAUCCGUGAAAUCGUUUUUCGUUUGUUUGCCGAGAACAUAGAUAAUGAAUUUGAUACAAAAAUUCUCGCAGAAACCUAUGGUUUGUUGAGUAAAUGGCGCCGACAACGACGGGGAACAAAUGGCCGAAUGCCGAACAUCGAGGUCCGAUCGCAGUAAAAUUUAUUUUUAAAAAUCGGAAGUACUCUGGUACUUUAUAUUUUAUGCUCGAUCUUGUCAGCGGAUGAAUAUUUUUCAGGAUGCAGAAUAAGUCUCUUAUCAAAGGAGAAUUACCUUGCAUAUAUAUCAUUCGAGUCUGCAUACAGAUGAAGACAACAGUUGGCUUGAAAAGCUAACGCCUUGGCAAGUGAUGUGAGUUAGGUAGGUAGGGCAGGCAUUUCAUAAUGUUCACCACCACUCACAUCCAUGCUUAUCAGCAUAGGAGACCAAGUGCUCUCCGCACAUUUAUCACAUCGUCAUCUUUCGGCCGUCCCGAUUCCAAGGAACCAUUGCGCCGUGGAAUCCUGCUAACUGCUGUUGCGUGUGUCCUGCUCCUCAUUGGCAGUCUUCUAACAUGGCUAGGAUUCAAUGAUGUGUUUGGUGGGAAGAUGUCAAUGACAGGGCCGCUUCUAAUAGCCCUGGCACUACUGCUGCUGCUGCUAUCUGUACGUCAGUUUCUUCUGGCUUGUAAACGCAAUGGCAACACCCGUUCUUCUAUGCGCCUUGAUGCAGUGAGUGGGGGUACAGUCACUGCAGUGGUGGUGAAUCAUGAUGAUGGCCUCCACCCAGCUACUAUCAUCAUGGAUCGUUAUGAUCGCAUGAGCUAUGAACAUGCUGCAGCUUUUCACAGGCACUCAGUAGAUGACUGUGCCCCACCAUCCUACCAUGAAGUCACCCAGAUGAGUAGCAGUAGCAACACGCCAUCUUGCACCACACAUGAUGAGCAAGAUGAGUUGCCCCCAACCUACGAGGAAAGUCUGGGUGCUGCUGCUUUUCCUUCCCAUAUCAUGUCUCUCCUUCACCUGCCUAUGCAGAGCACGAAAUGGGUAUUCUCAUAUCUACUCCCAGUAUACCUUCAGUUCCUUCUUGCACAGGGUAUGAAGCAGUUCGAGUCACCAUGAGCACAUCAGCCCAAUUGUCGGGAAUCCUGGGUUCAGAGUCGAUGUCUGCACAGUGCCCAGUCUUACCAGCAGCAACGGUUUACCCAAACAGCAUAAGCAAAUCUUUACUUGGAACAGGGCUACCUUCGCUGCAACUGGAUCCUCACCCAAGCCCCUUGCCUGCUCACUCCAAUCAUUCUAUCUUCCUCCAUCAGUCUGGUGCCCCAGCAGGCAUUUCUUCGGGCCAGAGGCUGACCCCACCACCCCUGCAUCAUAUGUCUGCACCAUCUUCACCUCGCCAACUGUCUGCUCCUGCUUCUCCUCGUCACCUUUCUGCACCAUCGUCUCCUCGUCCACCAGGAAUCCCAAGUUCUCCACAACACUUGUCAGCACCAUUAUCACCGUGUCAGCUUUCAGCCCCUUUAUCACCUGGCCAGUUUCACUUUCCCCCUCCCCCUCAGCUGUGGGCUCCUCCACAUUCGUCAGAAGCACAAGGCACUUCCCAUGAUGGAUACACCUGUUUCACCUUCAACUUUUCUGUCGCAUUGCCACAAGAAACUCAGAUCAUGUCUCCCACAGCCCAUGCUUUGCAGAGUCACCAGGCUUUCCCAACUAUGGAAUGGUCAUCAACUAUAUGUUCUUCCACAGUAGGCUUCACUCGUGGACAGAGUCAGAGACAAUUUGACAGUUUGGGAAGAAUGAUGCAACCAGUGUCUGCUCAGCAACAACAGUGUUACACAGCUUCCCAUGGACCAUUUCCAGCCCACACAACACCUACGUGUACAUCCCAGGGGGAGGCAAGACGGCAUCAGAGAGUUACUCCUUUGACUGACAUCCAGGAAAGUAUAUGAGGGUACAUGACCUGAGUGAAAGCACUUGAGCUGUCAAUGCACAUGACAAAAUUCUGGUAGUCUUUUUUUUUCAGGUCCAUCCUUUAACACUAUGUAUUCUUCAGCCAUUUUAUUAGGGCUUACCUAUUUGGUUUUUUUAAAAGUACUGCCAAAAGAAUUAAAAUGUACCAUUGUCUGUUGGAAUCACUUAGCAUCUAAAUGUUUCAUGGAAGUGCCAGUCUUCUAGUUGUUUGUUACCUUCGCAAAAGCAUUUUUGUUUGUGACUGUUUAAUGUUCUAACAUAUCUUAUUUAUAAUUUUGUUUUUUGCUUGCUACCUUUAUGCUGAUGCAGUAGUCUCGAGGAAGAGAAGCACAGGAAAGAGAAAUGUGGAGAGGAGUUUUUCUUCCCUAUGAGGGGAAGGUAUUUUUGAAAAAAAACCUUGUAGCUGAACAGGGAGUGAACUUUUCAUUGGUUCACAUUUUGAGGGGAAAGCAUGUUUAAAAUUGAGCCCUAUAUUUCCACCAGCUUUUUACCUCCCCUGAUAAAUAUUCAUAUGCUCGAUGGGCAACAGGAGUUGUGCAUCACAGGCCUCAAAACCUUCAAUUGGAGAACUGCUCCAGAGUUAAGCACACUAUACACUAGAACAUGGCGCCGUCCCUUAUUUAUUUAAUCUUAAUUUCCCAGAUCAUGUGUAUUCAAUCUAUUUGCACACUCCCCUAUUGAUGUUUUGGAUUCUGCUUGUAAUUGGUCACAGUAUACACCCAGGAAUGUGCAUUUCUUUAAGCAGGUGGUGAACCUGCCUUGUAACUGAAUCAAUUAGUAUAUACGGGUAACCCAGCUGUUUGUGUGUGCAAUCAACGAUAACAAUCAGUCUGUUUCGUGUUUGUGUCGUGUAUCUGUGAAGUCAAGAAGCAUUGAUCUUGUUGAUUAGAUUUGAUCGAGCAUGUGCAAUAUGUGUGAUUUCUAAAAUUGCUUGAGACUAGCCGGAUAGUUAUUUUUAAUAUUUAAAAUUUAAUAUUUUAGUGCUUUGACAUAUGAUGCAAUUAUCAUCAUAUAAGUGACAUCUGCUUUUUUUUUUAAAAAUUGUAUAUAUGUUUAUUGAAUGCUUGACCAACAACAAAGGAGAAAUGUGUGUUCCUGAAAAUUAAUAUAUGACUGGACUUGUUUUGAAAAAAUGGAAUAGUGUUUCAGUAUUCUGUUACAUUUUAAAAGACUGUAUUUUAACUAGGCUAUCAUUCAGGUUCUGUUUCAACUAAAUAAAUGGUUCCAAGUACAUGUAUUUCCAGAUUUUUAACUAUUGGGGUUAAUUUUAAAAAAAAGUAGUUGCUUCAUUCUUGGACAAAAUGUGUCAUCAGAUGAUUAGCUGCUGCUUCUUACAGUAGUUUUCAGUUAACUUUUUGGUCUCUUCUGGAAUUUUUUUUUAAAUGGAUAGGUAAGCUAGCACUGUCUAGUAUCUGCCUUUUUUAAAAAAAUAUAUAUAUUCCCUACUUUUUCCCAUACAACUUCAUUGCUGGAACUCCUCAGAGUGUAUGUUUUGUAUUUGGCUGUGAAAUCUUUGUGAUAAUGUUGUUUUAUUUUUUAAAAUUCAGUUAACUUUAUUUAUUAUAUUUUUUGACAGACUUUGUUACCUUUUGUAAUAUUGAUUACACAUGUCAUUUAUGACCAGUCCAUUACAUAUAUAUAUAUGUUGUCUGCAUGAUUCAACCAUUACAGUAAAACCUCUUUAUUAAGACCUCAGUUACAACCCACAAAAUGCUAUGUAAACAUCAUCUCUUUUACGACUACCUCCCCAACCUGACUUAUGAACGACAGUUUGUGAUAUUUUACAACCUUUUUGCAAACGAUGCAUAAUGAAAAAAAACAUAGUACAUUUUAAAAAGCUGCUUCUGGUAGGCUGCUUCUCAUAUAUUACAUUUUCUAAAAAAAAUCACAUAAAUUUUGAAAGAGACUGCUUGUUCCAUGGGUCACCUGUCAUAUCACACCAGUCAUAGCUGACAUGUUGUCCCAACACUGAAAGUCAGAUCCAUCCAGACUUAAAAGACGCAUCAACCUUCAAUGACAGAAGUAGCUAUUAACGUCAAAUAUUAUCAGCUUAGCCAUGCAUUGUUCGAACAAGUUUAGCUACUAUCGUCCUAAGCGAAAAUGACCGCUUUGCAAUACCAUUCACACAAUGUUGCAUAGUGCCAUUUUCUAUUAAUUUUAUUUUAAUUCUGCAGAUGUUUGGUUAAAAUCUCACUAUGUUUUAGUUUAGGGGUUCUUAUUAAAUAGACUUGGAGAUGUUAGAUUAAUAUGAAAUAGGUGUUACUCCCCGGGCAUUAAUUUACCUGGACCUGGUCGAUUCAGUGUUGGGACCAUGUGGUCACGGCAGAGUGGAUAUGGCUUCUGGUUAAAAUGACCGCUCCUACUACACCACCACCACUACCACACACAGACACAAUGUCUAUUAAAAAAAUAAAAUUAUUGUGAUCGCCUGUUUGUGCUUUAUUGGGGCUUUAUGCAGAAAUCACAUUCAAAAUAUAUGGUACAUUUUUAAGAGAGCGUCUGUCUCCACUACACAGAUUCAUUGCUCUUAUCUGGAGAGUUAGUUUCCCUAUAAAUCUUCAGUUCAGCCUAAAAAUGGCAGAAUAAACUUGACCAGGUGGAAACAAAAAUUCAUAUGAUUUUUAUGAGCAUUAUUUCAACAUUGCAAUAAACAUUAAUUUAUAAGUAUUUGAAGUCAUGGUUAAUGGAAUGGAAGCAGACUGGUUAAUCUUCCAACUACUACCCUUCUAAAUUAAGAAUCGAUUUUGGUGGAUUUUAGAUAGUCUUAAUAGAGAGGUUUUACCGUGCUACUUUAAAAAGUUUGUGUGGAUGACAGUAUGUCAGCAAAAAUGAAGUUUCAAGUAAUAACUGAGCAAUAUUGUCAGGUCUCACUUCUGCCUUUGUAACGAAUGAUCAAUUGGUUAUAAUUAUGCAUGUGACAGCAUACAUCAUCGUUGCAUAUUUUGAUUUAAUCUUGUCCAACGGCUCCAGAGAUUAUAAAAAUGUGAACUAUGCCUGGAAGUAUUAUUUAUUGAAGCUUUUUAAAACAAAAAAAAUCAGAUUACAUUUCAUCUCUUUUUCACUCCUCAAAUUUCUCCAUUUCUUUUAUAGGACAAAUGCACUGAAUUUUAUAUAAAGUUUAUAAAAAUAUCUGUAAAAUACUUUGACGAAAUUUUGUGUUCAGUUACCUGAUGUACUGUUUAUUGGAUUACAAAUUUAUCUCUUCUUUUGUUGCCUUAAGCAAACUUUUUGACACAAAUUUUGUGUUAUUUGGACCAAAAAAGAAGCGGAGCUAAUUCUUGUCAUGCUGCUAAAUUAAGACACUAUUUUGGGUUUGCAUGUAUUUGUAAAGCUUAAUCAAGAUAUUUUUAAUGAAUUUCAAUGAAAGUGCAAUAAAAUAAUCAUAAAUGAAAAACAGAAUUAUUUCUUUGAAUUGAAACAUUUGAUUUUUUGAGAUAGGUGGAUGGGGGUUUGGUUUCACUUUUUAAAUGAUGAUAAUUUUGUAUAUCCACUUAACGCAGUGACUCAUGUCUGUCAUAAGUCAUGUGACUUAUACCUCUUAGCAGAGCAUGGAAUGUUUGCGUGAAUCAAUACAAAUUGCUAUUUUGGCAACAAUAAGUUCAUACUGAGGACCAUAAAGUGCAUAGAUUGUUUUACUUUGUUAUAAUUGUGUAAAUGUUUCUAGAAAGACACUAUUUUAUACAAAACUAAAAUUGCCAUAAAUAAAUAUUUUUUCAACAAAUUGUGUCUUAGGCUGUCAUAAUAAAAGUUGAAAAGUUUCCUUAGCGAUUGAGAAGAGAUGAUUCAUAAAAGGUAGGGUGUGGCUACGCACAUUUGGUAGUGGAAGUAAACUGGUUGGCAUGUUGACAUGUUUUACCUUUUUUUAAAGUGAAUGGCUACAAGUAUUGCCAUUCUGUUCAUUUAAGUUACCAAAGAAAAUACAUGUAUCAGUAUUCAGCCAACUAUACUGGUGAGUUUUUGUUGUUUAAUUAGUGGCAAUAAACACUGGACAGAAUCUUUAUUCACCAUUGUGAUGUAAUAGUUGUGGAUGUUAAUUGUUUUCACAUGCACAACCUGCAUAUCCAUGUUGUAAGCAAUAAAAAGUAUGUCUGUAUAUAUUACAAUUGAAAA